CUUAAAAGUGGUCCUGAUUUAUUUGGUACAAACAUACUUCUACGUUACAUGCUCCUACUAGUCCUCGCGAUCGAACUCGUUGAAUUCAUGCUCGAUCUAGCUUGAUACGCAAACAAAAUAUACCUGCCAAGUCAACUUCACGGCCGGAUCGUGCCGCGAUCUUCAAUACACGGUGCGACGCUAAUGAACGGCAACUCAAGCGCCAACUUAGUACAAAAUUAAGCCUCGACGCGGCCGCUCCCGAUCGGCCAUGCGCGAACGUGCAGUGGUGGUGGUGCAUCGACGAUGGAGAUGAGCGGCGCCGGAGCGGGAGGCGUGCCGACAAAGCUGGAGCACGACGACGCUGCGGCUGUGGCGGCGGAGCGGGAGCCGUGCGGCGGCGGCGCGCCGAGGAGGGAGGAGAAGGAGCGGUGGCGACGGGUGCUGGUCGUCGGCUGCCUGGUGGCGCUGCUCCUCUUCGCGUUCUUCGUCCUCGGGCGGGAGAGCGCGUCGGAGGUUCUGCAGAUCGCGAGCUCCAAGCUGUCCGCGAUGAACGGAGGGUUUACGACGAAAAACCCUUCUCAUGGCGGUGGCGCCGCCAAGCAUGCCGACGAGCUCCUCGGCGGGCUGCUGGCGCCGGGCAUGGACCGGCGGUCGUGCCGGAGCCGGUACCAGGCGGCGCAUUACUACAAGCACUUCCCCUACGCGCCGUCGCCGCACCUCCUGGACAAGCUGCGCGCCUACGAGGCUCGGCACCGGAGGUGCGCGCCGGGGACGCCGCUGUACAACCGCUCCGUCGAGCAGCUCCGGUCCGGCCGCAGCGCCGGCGGCGUGGAGUGCAACUACGUCGUCUGGCUCCCCUUCGACGGCCUCGGCAACCGCAUGCUGUCCAUGGUGAGCGGCUUCCUCUACGCGCUCCUCACCGACCGCGUCCUCCUCGUCGACCUGCCCCAUGACUCCUCCGACCUCUUCUGCGAGCCCUUCCCCGGCGCGACAUGGCUGCUCCCGCCGGACUUCCCCGUCGCCAACCUCUUCGGCCUCGGGCCGAGGCCCGAGCAGUCGUACACGACCCUCCUGAACAAGAAGAAGAUCACCGCCGUCGUCAACAACGACGACGACCCGGCAUCAAAGAACGCCACGGCCGCGCUGCCGCCGCCGCCGGCGUACGUGUACCUGAGCCUAGGGUACCAGAUGGCGGACAAGCUCUUCUUCUGCGGCGACGACCAGCGCGCGCUCGCCAAGGUGAACUGGCUGCUGCUGUACAGCGACCUCUACUUCGUCCCGUCGCUCUACUCCGUCGCCGAGUUCAACGGCGAGCUCCGGCGGCUGUUCCCGGCGAAGGAGAGCGCGUGCCACCUCCUCGCCCGCUACCUCCUCCACCCGACCAACGCCGUGUGGGGCAUGGUGACACGCUACUACAACUCCUACCUAGCCCAGGCAAGCCGCCGCAUCGGCGUCCAGAUCAGGAUGUUCAACUUCGCCUCCAUCCCCGUCGACGACCUCUACAAUCAGAUCCUCACCUGCUCCCGCCAAGAACACGUUCUACCGGAAACCACCACCGACAACGACAACGACGACGAUCUUGCCACGGCGUACGACAGCAACAGCAGCAAUGGCAGCGGUGGCGGCAACUACUCGGCCAUCCUGAUCGCGUCGCUGUACCCGGACUACUACGAGAGGAUCCGGGCGACGUACUACGAGCACGCGACGAGGGGAAGGGUGAGGGUGGGGGUGUUCCAGCCGACGCACGAGGAGAGGCAGGCGACGCAGAGGCUGUUCCACAACCAGAAGGCGCUGGCGGAGAUCCUCCUGCUGGGGUUCUCCGACGAGCUCGUCACGUCCGGGAUGUCGACGUUCGGGUACGUGGGCAGCAGCCUCGCGGGCGUGCGGCCGACGAUCCUGAUGCCCGCGCACGGCCACAGGGUCCCCGCGCCGCCGUGCCGGCGAGCCGUGUCCAUGGAGCCGUGCAACCUCACGCCGCCGCGGGUGGGCGAGGCGGAGUGCCGGGAGAUGGCCGCCGUCGUCGACAAGGAGGACGUGGCCCGGCACGUCAAGGUCUGCGAGGACUUUGAUAGAGGGGUGAAGUUUUUCGAUUGAUCACGUUCUCUCAUUGAAUUUUGAGUCGAUAGCUGGUUCUUGACUUCUUUUUUUUUUCCUUACAGUAUUUUUUAUGAGCACGCUUCCUAAUUUUGCUAAGCCGUGUGUUUUAAUACAAUAAAAUUUUAUGUAAAAGUUUUUAAAAAAGAUCAAAUAAAUCAAUUUUAAUUGUAGUAGUUAAUAGUUGAUUAAUAUAUGUUCAUUAUAUA